AUAACCGAAAUCAGUCUUUUCUUGUAUUUCGUGGGAAAGCAACAAAGGAAAAAAUGAUCUCACUGGUAUCCGUUUUAGCUAUUUUGGUUGUUGCUGUGAUGGCUCAUCCUCCUUUGGAACAUCAUGGGCACCAUGCAGCCAUUCCUUACAAAUUCGGUUACAGCAUUAAAGAUAAACAUGGCGAACAACACAGAGAAGAAUCUGGAACUGGUGGACAUCACGUGACAGGAAGCUAUGGAUUUACAGAUGAUCGUGGCAUCCACAGAGAGGUUCAUUACGUAGCUGACCACGGUGGCUUCAGAGCUCAAGUCAAGACCAACGAACCAGGAACCGCAAACCAGAAUCCAGCUGCCGUUCACAUUCACUCAUCUGCCCCUGCUCAUGGCCACCUCUAUGGAGGAUAUGGUGGCUACGGUAUUGGAGGUUAUGCCGGACAUGGACAAGAAUAUGCCGGACAUGGACAAGGAUAUGCUGGACAUGGGCAUGGUUAUGCUAAUCAAGGUGGAUUAGGCUACGGGUAUGGAGGUUAUGGACUUGGACUUGGUGGUCUUGGAUACGGAGCAGGAUAUGGUGGAUUAGGAUUAGCCAGUGGGCUAUUGGGUACAUUGCCAUAUGCUCGAUACGGUUACUAAAUGAAAAUUGCUCUUAGUUAUGUAAAAAAUUGAAAAAAUAAAUUUGUUGAAAAUUUUUUU